GCGCCCCCGGUGUUGAGUGCUGCCAGAACUUUGUGUCUUCGCGGCGGCGCUCCAAGACACACCCGGUCUUGGAAGGAAAGACGUCAGGAUAGAGCUACCGAAGGCGUCUGGAUGUCUCUGAAUCCUGACGCUUCAACCCCUUUGGCCUCCAGCAGCUCGUCUUAAGGGGCGGGGCUCCCGCUGCUCUCCCCGCGCGUCUACACUUCGCUCGCAAUGCCUCUGCCGCAGGGUGACGUGACUGCCUUAUUCCUGGGGCCUCCGGGCUCGGGAAAGUCCGCGCUGAUCGCCGCGUUAUGCGACAAGAAUGUAGACAUGGUAGAGAUUCCUGAAGGACGGCCGGAUUCUGGAGUCCCCAGUCUGAGAGCUGCGGCUCCAGGCCUCUUCCUGGGCGAGCUGAGCUGCCCACCCGCAGCUCCGGGGCCCUGGGCGGCGGAGGCCAACUUGCUGGUAUUGGUGCUACCAGGACCUGAGGGGACCGAGGAGCCCUUGACCCCAGCUCUGGGAGAGGCAGCGCGGGCCGCCCUGGCCCGAGGGACCCCGCUGCUGGCCGUACGGAAUCUGCGUCCUGGAGACUCCCAGAAUGCAGCUCAAGCCCGGGAUCAGACUGCGGCCUUGCUGAAGAGUGCUGGGUUAGGAGCUGCGCCUCUCUUUGUGCUGCCGGCCAACUGCAACAGCAGUGACUGCUGCGAGGAGCUAGAGCGCCUGCGGGUGGUGCUGCGGACCCAGGCGGAGGCGCUGCAGAGGUUCCUGCCACCUGCCCAGGAUGGCUUCGAGGUGCUGGGCGCAGCAGAGCUGGAAGCUGUGCGCGAGGCCUUCGAAACCGGCGGCCUGGAGGCGGCGCUGUCGUGGGUGCGCGCUGGCCUUGAGCGCCUGGGCAGCGCGCGACUGGACCUGGCGGUGGCCGGCACUACCAACGUAGGCCUUGUACUAGACAUGCUAUUGGGACUGGAUCCUGGCGACCCAGGUGCUGCGCCUGCUUCGGAACCCACUGGGCCCACCCCUUAUCCGGCUCCAGAGCGCCCCAACGUGGUGCUCUGGACCGUUCCCCUGGGCCCCACCGCCACAUCCCCUGCCACCACCCCUCACCCAACCCACUACGAUGCCCUGAUCCUCGUCACUCCUGGGGCUCCCACCGAAGAGACCUGGGCCCAGGUCCGCUCCUUGGUGUCACCAGAUGCUCCACUCGUCGGCGUGCGCACGGACGGCCAGGGCGAGGAUCCACCCGAGGCUCUGGAAGAAGAAAAGGCUGAGAAGCUCGAGAAAGCAAGCGGCGGGAGCUCAGGGGAUGCCCGCAGCAAAGGAAAAGAAAACCGUGGCUCCGGGGACUCGGGGCCCACGGCUGCUCGGAGUCCGGAGGACGAGCCGUGGGAGGUACUGGAGGAGGUGCCUCCGCCCGUGUUCCCUCUGCGGCCCGGUGGUCUCCCGGGGCUGGGAACCUGGCUUCAGCGCGCACUGCCUGCGGCUCAGGCCGGGGCGCUGCUGCUGGCGCUGCCACCCGCAAGUCCCCGCGCAGCGCGGAGGAAGGCGGCGGCGCUGCGGGCAGGAGCGUGGAGGCCAGCCCUGCUGGCCAGCCUGGCGGCGGCGGCCGCCCCAGUACCAGGAUUGGGCUGGGCUUGCGAUGUGGCACUCCUCCGGGGACAACUGGCCGAAUGGCGGCGCGCGCUAGGCCUCGAACCCGCGGCAGUGGCACGCCGUGAGCGUGCCCUGGGCCUUGCUCCUGGAGUGCUGGCCGCGCGCACGCGCUUCCCGGGCCCGGUGACGCGCGCUGAGGUGGAGGCCAGAUUGGGAUCCUGGGCUGGCGAGGGCACCGCGGGAGGCGCGGCGCUGGGUGCGCUCUCCUUCCUAUGGCCCGCAGGUGGCGCAGCGGCGACCGGUGGGCUGGGUUACCGGGCUGCUCAUGGGGUACUGCUGCAGGCCCUGGAUGAGAUGCUGGCUGAUGCUGAGGCGGUGCUGGGGCCCCCAGAGCCCAACCAAUGAGGGGUGGGGUGGGGGGGCUGAAGUGUCUGGUGACUUGGUUUCUGGCCCCACAGCUUCUGAGAUUGAGGGGUGAGGGGUGGUACUCAAACCCGGGGACUUGAAGGAGACUGACUUCUCGUUGAAAUCUGCGACUUCACAGUCACCCGAUUUCCUGGGUUCUGAAUGAGUAGGGUCUGAGCACCAUUAGUUUGCCAUUCAGACAGUAAUGUAGUGAGGGGAGUUGGGGGCUGGACUCCUAGAAAUGGGGGCCGCUUGGCCUCCAGCUGGCAUCUGGUCCUAGAUCUGGACGCCUCACUUCCUGCCUGACUGUGGGUGGACCUAUGGCUGUGGACGGUGCUAUAGGCAGUUAGAACCUUUGGAGUGCUGAGUCCCAAAGGAAAACGAGAUGUAAGUUGCCCCAGAAAGAACGGGUUUUCAGGACCGACCCAAGAGGACUUGGGACCUUCAUUUCAAAUGAGAAUCUUAAACGCUGGUUCCUAAGAAGGCUCUGUGGACACUGGUUGUCAAUUCCUGGCUGGUGGGAAAUCCGUGGAGAUCAGGGGCUUGCUGGAGACCCCCUGGUCUCAUGGAGAGUGGAGGAUCAUCCACCAUUUGCUCUCCAAGACUUUGUUGUAGAGAACACUGUCCCACAAAAUUGAAGGGAAGGGACAAGAGGUCUGGGAAUGGUGGUCUCCUGAUGGCCAGAAUCUGGGAAUCGGGUCUUUGGGGUAUGGAGGAGUAGAAACCUACACUUCAGAAAUACCUCCGGUGAGCCCCUGAUGUCCUGGGGUCCUGGCAACUGCCUCUCCGUGCUUUACUGGGAAGGGGUGUGACUACCCCCACCUUAUAGGUGCUGGGUGACCGGGGUCUCCGGCAUGCGUGCUCCUUCCUGUUCGCUUGAGUUUACCACUGGUUUCUUCUGUCGUGACGACUUCAACUCUAGGGCCGUGGAGUGUUGUGGUCCUGCUUUUUUGGAAAGACAGGAGGGUCCUGCUGUAGCAGUCUAGACUUCUCUGUAUGGCCUCCUCCCAUGUCCCCAAGAUACCUGGUUCACACAGGAUGCUGCUGUGGGCAGGGUUUCCUACGAUAGCUGGGCAGGCGUUCGCUGCUGUGGGAAGGUGUCAGGAGUGAGGCAGAGGCAGAAACCACAGUGCUGUGGUUUGUUUAGGUGAGAAGUGCCACCAUAAGGUUGUUCAGUGUCCAAAGCAAAAAAGGAGGACCUGGUAGAUGGGACCACCAGACUCAGAGAUGCAGGCCAGAGGCUCAUCAACACAGCAAGUCACUGUGUGCCUUGGUCCCCACCUCUCCCCAUUGCCAGCCCAUCUCCAGCAAGCCUGAGUUGUCUUUCUGAUGCUUGGGUCCCACCUCAGGACUGGGGCAUUUUCUGUUUUUCUGUGCAAUGCUCUGCCUCCCCAUCCUGUUUUUCAGAUUGUGUCCUCAUCCAUCAGGUCUCCCUGAAAUGGCCCCUUCAGAAGCCUCCUGAUGACCCCAAGUAGCUUACACUGAUCCUGGCCACUUGAUGGUCCUUGUAGUAAACAUUACUAUCAAUAAUGGAUUUACAGGCUGGGCAGUGGUGGCGCACGCCUUUAAUCCCAGCGCUCGGGAGGCAGAGGCAGGCAGAUCUCUGUGAGUUGGAGGCCAGCCUGGUCUACAGAGCAGGAUCCAGGGCAGGCACCAAAACAAUAGAGAAACCCUGUCUUGAAAAAACCGAAAAAAAAGAAAAGAAAAGAAUAAUGGCUUUACUUAUGUAUUCGCCCUUUCAUUCUCCUGUUUGUCGGCUCUUGCCCUUGCCCAUCCUUUUCUUGGGUGUACCCUAGCAUCCAGAGCAGUGCCUGACACGCGGUACGUGCCUAGUAUUUAUUAUUUUAGUUUACUGAUCAUUGGCACAUGGCCUGGAAUUCAGGUUGUCAAUACCUUGUUACAAAAAGGGACAAGCUAGGGAGAGGCGAGCACCUGGUGGGAGAGGAAAUGGGGAGCAGGCGCAGCCUGGCCACUGUCACCACUUGAAUGAGUGUUGUGUAAGUCCAUCCGUCAAAUGACAGGAUUCGAACCAUAAGAGGGCUACAUUGUUAGGUUCUAUCCCCAUCUAACCCUAAAGUCUCAGCACUGACGGAGUGUGCCCCCGUGAAAGUCGAGGGUACACCUGAUAUGGCGGCGUGUGCAUGGAACCCCAGCAUGUGAGAGGUGGAGAUAGAAUUAGAAGUUUGAGACCGAGGCUGGAGAGAUGGUUCAGCGGUUAGGAGCACUGGCUGCUCUUCCAGAGGACCUGGGUUCAAUUCCCAGCACCACAUGGCAGCUCACAGCUGCCUGCAACUCCAGUUCCAGGGGAUCUGACUCCUUCACAUAGAGUAUAUACAGGCAAAACACCAGUGCACACUGAAUAAAUAAAAUAGAUCUUUAAAAAAAAGAAGAAGUUUAAGACCAUCUUCAGUGACAAUAGAGAGUUGCAGGCCCACCUGAGCAACAUGCCCUAUCUCACUAUUUAGUCUAGACUGGCCUUGAACUUCCGGUGUUCUGGCCCCUGCCUCUUCUCUCUCCCUGCCCCAGCCCUUCCCGCCUGAUAUUAGGUCCUUCUGAUGCUUGAGUCAGCUAGCUUUGGCCCUGCUUCAGCCUCCCUGGGGCUUAAUUACAGCCCUAAACCCCAGCUCCCAGCUCCCCUCAGCUCUUAGUGAGAUGCCUGGCAUUGUUUCCACUGAGAGCCUAUUGCUCCUUACACCUCAGCUCACGUGAUACACCCAAUUGGAAAUACUUGAAUUCCUAGGUGGAGAACCCAAUUCACAUACCCGUGUUGUGUCGAUUAGGUUCCCCCCCAAAACUGGGGUUUGAACCCAGUGCCUCACAUAUUCAAGGCAAACACUCUAUACUGGAACUAUGUCCUUUGCUCUUCAUUGGGGACGCGGG